AUGGCAUCGGAGAUAAAUACGGGAGUAGAGCUGGCCCUACAAUGGUUAAAGGCCCCGAAUGUUAAGGGAUUUGAGCAAUGUUUAACAGAAUUAUCAGAUCUAGUCAAGCUUUCAAUGGGUUUAGAUGUGCAAAGUUUGGAAGUUAUCAAACCUGCAUUGGCUUAUGUCCCACAAGGUGAAGUCCAACAAUUGCGAGUCUACAGGGGCAUCCUUUUGGUUGUUAGAAAUCUAGCGCCAAGCCUCGAUGCUGAUUACUUUCCUCUUGCGAUUCAAAGCUUCAAAAGAGUAUGGAACUUGGAGGUGAAAGAAUGGGUUACCAAAUUACGACAAGUGUAUUGGGAACUUUUAGCCAACUUUCAACGAAAUUAUUAUACCGAGGACGUCAACGACUUGUUCAAUUGGUGUGAUCUCCAAUUUACAUCGCCCAUCAUUCAUUUUCUUUUUAGACAAUUCUACACUGAAGAUUUAGACGUGACCAAUGAAAAUUUACUCCGUCUACUAAAAAUCAAGGAGAAUCAUGUUUUGAAAGCAGUGCACAGCUUGUACCUAGAGGUGGACUUUGAAAACGUAGACCAUGACUCAAAGAUAUUGAUACAUCUCCUUUACGACAUAAUCACACAUGAAAGUUUCGCAAAAUGGAUUGAUCAACAAAAUGAGGAUACAAAGAUUCAAUGGAUGGAACUUACCACAAUAGUUGUUCAAACAAAGGACGACUGGAAUAAUUUCCAGUUGGUUGGGUUACUAGUUUGGGUAGAGUCCAUUUUUUUCGAAUAUUCCCCAAGGCUUAGUCCUGAGACUAUAAACGAUGAGACGUUGGAGCGGAUGUUGUCCAGUGCGUUACAAGUAUUUGCUGAACUUGUAAAGUUCAAAGCGACAGUCCAGUAUUUCGAACACAGCACAAAGUUCCUCCUUUGCUUGAUAGAUGUUUUCAGGAUUAUCCACGAAAAUGUUGAGCGCCUCACUAUAAAAUCAAAGAUCGAGGAGGUAGCCAAUUAUUCGCAGGUGAAGUCAUACAUCAUUAUCAUAAUAUCCUAUUUUUGCUACAAGUCGUUCAAGAAUCAAGAACUCGUCAGGGAAUUAGGCGGAUUAUCCUUGGUCUUGUCUAAUUGCGUAAUUGACGAAAACAACCCAUUCAUCAAAGAGCAAGCAAUUCUUUGUGUAAAAUAUCUCUUAGACCAAAAUCCGAAAAAUCAGCAGUUUGUGGCCGACUUAGAGGCUAAGAAGACGGUAGAUGACAGUGUUUUACAAGAAGUUGGGUACAAAGUGGAUAUUGUCGAUGGAAAAGUAAACAUACAUAAACGUAAUUAA